GAACAAUUUAUGACGACGUCACCUUUGACGUGUAUUGGAACGGAGACUGUUCUAACCCUUGCACGUUGCAAGUUUGGAAUUACGAUCUUGACGUACUCCAAUACUCGUACACUGGUAACGACGUGAGCGUUCAACUCUUAUUCCAAAACUCUUCCGGAGUCAGGAUAUACUUCUUCUUUCAAAGUGGCUAUGGCAGCAACGUGUCAAGUCCUUUGUAUACUGUUCAGGCCGAUCCAUAUGUAGCAUCCAUGUCGCUCACUUCCGUUGCAUCCAUUGCAUCCAUUGCAUCCAUUUCGUCCAUUUCGUUUUGGUCCGUCUUAUCGACGUCAACUCAUACCUCUAGCAGGACCACAUCAACUUCGGAUUUCAGCCCUACCGUGCCUCCCACCCAGAGAAAUUCUACGCAUACGACAGUCAUUAUAGCCGGUGCGGCUGGUGGUGUACUGGCUCUCGUUAUCUUUUCUGCUCUCCUUUUUUACUGCUUACGCUUUCGUGGGAGUGGAGGUCAAGGUGGCGCAGAUCUUAAAGGUCCCGUCGCACCGGUGCCCUUGGGAGGGCAUGCCGGCUUCACCGGUGCUAAUAUGGGUAUGGUGGGAGGGAACGUUCACACACUGGUGUAUCCGUCGCCUGGGUCCAUGACUGGUCAUCAUACUUCGGAUACGGGAGGUGGUUCCGGAUAUGACAAUCUCCUGACAGAGGCAGCGAAUCCCGGAAAUGCGAGUCCGCCAAAUAGUCCCAUUUCGGCCGGCGUAGGCUCGGGACCUUCACGUGUUGCGAACCCUGGUAGCGACUCAAGCCGCCAAAGCGGGGAAAGGAGCUCACAAGGCCACAGAGGUAUCUCGUUUCCGGAUUCCUCUCCACUCGGGAGGAACCCCGGUGAAGGCCCUACCGUCCAAAUGUCCGUUCUGCGAUCAGCGCCACAUCCAGUGCCAGACGGGAAGCCCGAAUAUCCCUAUGGUAUACCCGAGUUGGGUUAGGUUUCUGCCCGAGAUCUCUCUUUGGUGUAUAUUUGAUUUCGGCGUACUUUGAUAUUUCUCUUGAGUUUUGUAGUCCAUCUGUGGGGUAUACCAGCCUCGAUAUAUUGGAAUUAAGGCUGAAUU